UUAUUCAUACCUCCUUGCAAGCAGUUCUUUUGGGAAUUACCUACAAGGAGCUGGUAAUAGACAUCAGACUCCUUAAUGGUCAUGAUCUUCAAGGAAGUCCUCAUCUAUUGAUUCUUUGCUAGUGGAUGAAAUCCUUCCUAUUCACUUAGUACUAUAUUUAAACCAUGCAGACUCUUCAGAGGAGACUUCGGAGGUAUCAUAAUUGCUAGGUUUAGUGAAGAUCUCCCUCUUUUGUCUGGAGAACUCUUCUGCAAAAAUCUCGCUGAAGUCAAACCUUGGUUUAUCUGUAUGAAGUUCCACUUUAGGAGUACAGCUUUCUUUUUUGAGGUGAUGACUAAAAGAAGAUACUGGUUGCAAAGUGCUGGUCUGGCAGGUUUUUGGCGUCUUUGAAGGCUUUGUAGUUCUCUUUUGGCGCCUUUUGUGGCGAGUGCUUGCAUUUGAGGAAGUAGGCUUAGCUUGGUAGUUUUUCAUAUCUAGGGUCUGGUCGAACAAUUUAGUAGGGUGCUCGGAAGUCUUAAAAUUGCCUGGUUUGGUAUUCUUCCUCAAUUUCUGGUCCAUUCUUUUGAUAGAAGAGUCAAAUGAGAGGGGGUCGUCUUUGCCCACCUUCAAAUAAUCGCUAUCUUCUUCUUUUCUCUUAACUCAUUCAAUGUUUCCCAUAUUUGAUAAAAUUUACUAUAGUU